AAUAAGAAAAUAGAAUUGAUUUGAAUGUUGAAUUGUUUUUUUUUCUGAAUAGUGCUGCAUAAAGUUUGUGAUUAGAAAUUGUAUUGUCUGUGGGUUAAAAGUUGUGAAAGUUUAGUUAAACUAUUUAGUUAAAUCGAACAGUUAGGUGAGUUUAAUUGUGAUUGAUAAAGAAAAUGACUUCAUCAGAAAAAUUCCAAAAACACCAGCGGUCGUAGAUGAUCUCUCCACCAGAAGUGGAACACCAAAAAUGGAACUCAACAACCGAAACCCAAACAGAAAUCAUUAUAGAAAACGUCAAAGAAGAAAAAUACAACUUCUCAAACAACUUCUACAACGUCAUAAACAGAAUAGAAGAGAAAAUAGAAGAAUGUGGAAAUUUGACUUUGAAUGGGACAUUAAAAGACUGUGAGGAGAAACCUUACGAUAGUUUUGAAAUAAGUGUCGUUAUUAUACUGUGUCUGUUAAUUGUAGUGACUGUUAUUGGUAACACGUUGAUCAUAUCUGCUGUUGUGACUACGAAACGUUUGAGGACAGUGACGAACUGUUUUGUGACAAGUUUGGCUGCUGCUGAUCUGUUGGUUGGAAUCUUUGUGAUGCCUCCUGCGAUAGCUGUUCAUAUUAGUGGUAAAUGGGAGCUGGGCUGGAUUCUCUGCGACAUCUGGAUCAGCCUGGACAUUCUCCUCUGUACAGCAUCCAUCCUCUCUCUCUGCGCCAUCAGCGUAGACCGUUAUCUCGCUGUCACCCGGCCGCUAACAUACUCCAGGCGGAGAAGAUCAAAGAAGCUUGCCUUGACAAUGAUAUUCUUUGUCUGGAUCGCCGCCGGGGCGAUUACUUGUCCUCCUAUGUUUGGGUGGUACGAACCCGACCACAAUCAGAACGGGAACUGUAGGUACAAUCAGAACCCUGGCUACGUGGUGUUCUCAGCCAUGGGCUCCUUCUUCCUGCCGAUGGCGGUGAUGGUGUAUGUAUACGCCAGGAUAUCAUGCGUCGUGGCGAGACGUCACCAGCAGCUGGCUAGCAGCACUAAGUGUAAUAAGAAAGGAAAAUUAUCCUGUAUUCGGACGGAAUCAGAAUCGGGAUCAGACAAGCUUUCUCUGCGGCAGUCAGCAUCAAAACAGACUUCAAAGAACUCAACGCAACACAGCGACUGUUCUUCUCAAGACCACAAAUGCCCUUGCUGCUUCAGGCCAGAGAAGAAGAAGAAAUACAGAAGCAAAGAGAAGGAGUCCAGAUUCUACAACGAAGUCACUUUUAAAGCUAAUUUUAAGUAUAAGAAUACUACACGUAGAACGCAUUCUAUUAAAGAGCAUGUAGAAAAUAAUAGAGUUUCCUCUUUAAGAAGGGAAACUAAAACAGCGCAGACGUUAAGUCUGGUCGUGGGUGGUUUCGUCGCUUGCUGGCUUCCAUUCUUCCUUUACUACCUUCUAACCCCAUUUAUACCAAGCAAUUACGUCAACCCAGUCCUAAUGUACAUACUCACAUGGCUUGGGUGGUUCAAUUCAGCGAUAAACCCGUUCAUAUACGCUUUUUACUCGCCCGAUUUUAGACUAGCAUUUUGGAGACUUACGAUAAGAAAAUGUAAGAAAAAUAAACGUUAAGAGUAAGUUAUUUGAGUCAAUAAGUACUUAUGUAGUUUAUAUUACCGAAUAAACGUGUCAGCUGGUAUAAAAAGGUCUGGAACCUCAAAAGCACUGGUUGCCGACAUUUGAAACUGAACCUUACUCCAACAGCUGAAGGUUGGUAUUUGAGUAAAGUUACAGAUCGUAUGUAUACAUGGUGAUACAAUUUUGUAGAUGAUAGUAAACAUGUUUCAAUACCGUAUUUGCAUCCCGAUUUGAUCCGAUUUGACGUGCUUGGCUGUAUUUUGAAUACGUCGAAAUGGGCAAGUGGAUUUUUACCCGAUUUCUAUGAACAGAUUUCUUUUUUUGUUUCUUAUAUUCGCAAUAAAACGCAGACAGUUACUGUUACAUGAAAUUUUAUUUGCUUUGCUACGAGUGCACAUUGUGUCUUUCGUUUAGUGAAGAACAUAAAAGUCGGGAGUUGGUAUUCAUCCUGGGACAUGAGAAGGAGAUAUUUUUAUUCAUAAAUUUAAAUAUUUUGUAUCAGGCAAUCAACGAAAUUGGCUGGAUUGCAUAUGAGAUGAAAAUAGAAAAC